GGAAACUGUCACUGUCACCGUUCAGUCAAAUUUUUGGUUGGUGGCGGAGCGGUUGUAUUUUCUUUGUGAAAAUUAACUUUAUUGUGAAAAUCCAAUAAAUAUUUAUAAACAAUGGCAUCUGGAAAUCAGAAAAAGAAAGCGCUUUUUAUAUGCCUUGGUAACAUCUGUAGGUCACCGAUAGCUGAAGGUGUAUUCCAGAAGACCGUGAACGACAUGAAAAUCGGUAACCAGUGGGAGAUAGACAGCGCGGCCAUCGGGGGCUGGCACGUGGGGAAUCCCCCGGACUGGAGAGCGCUGGAUGUCAUGAAGAAACACGAUGUCCCGUACAAUAACACCGCCAGACAGAUAAUAUUUGAAGAUUUCAAUUAUUAUGAUUACAUAUUUGGCAUGGAUGAAGAGAACAUGCAAGACCUAGAGAGGAAAGCUCCUCGCGGCAGCAAGGCUAAGCUGCUGAUGUUCGGAGACUUCGACCCUCAGGGAGACAGGAUCAUCCGUGAUCCAUACUAUGACAGUGACUCUGAAGGGUUUGAGAAAUGUUACCAGCAGUCUGUGAGGUGCUCCAAGGGAUUCCUGGAGCAGCUGGAGCAGGAUAUGGCCAAAUAAGACUAGAAAUAAGUAUUUCUAAUGCUACCUUAGAUGUAGUAAUAUUCUUACAUAAUUUUAUUAUGUUUGGCUGGUAUAUACAUAUUCAAGCCUACUUAUAAAGUGCAUUUUGAUGUAAUAUUUACUUUUAGGUAUAUUUGUAUGCUUAUUUCUGUCAUAUACCUGCAAUAUUUUCAGGAAA